CCGCCUCCUCCCGUCCUCUCGCGAGCUUGUCAUUCACAACAUUGCCUGCGUCCGAGGCAGCGGGGCCGCCGAGCGAACGGCGCACAGCGCGGAGUACACCCACGAGGAGAAGCCCGACAGCCCGCCCGGAGGCCUCCUCCCUUCGGCAUGCCCGCCCUUUAGCCCCCCCCCGCCCGGUCGGGAAGACUUUGCGCUGCGGCGUCGUUCGGCCGUCGGCUAACGCUUCAAGAUUGGAUUCCACUGAAGGACGCUGGCUCGCGUUGGCGUCGGCCGCGCUUCUCCGGCCUCCGGAGCGGACACCCCGGCGGCGGAGUCCGAGACCAGCACGCCCGCCGCCCGUCGUCGAGCCGCGCGGAUCUGCCUUUCGCCUUUGGCCAGGCGUCCAUGCGCGCAUCCCCGUGGCGCCGCCGUAUCCUCCAAUGAACGCGGGGCUGCUCCGCCGUAGCUCAGCAGCCUCAGCGUCGCGCGGCCGAGUCCUCGCGGGAUGCCGUCGUCGGCGCGAGCGGGGAGCCUGAAGGACCCCGAGGUGGCCGAGCUCUUCUUCAAGGAAGACCCCGAGAAGCUCUUCUCUGACCUGCGGGAGAUCGGCCAUGGCAGCUUCGGCGCCGUCUACUUUGCACACGACGUGCGCACCAACGAGGUGGUGGCCAUCAAGAAGAUGUCGUACAGCGGGAAGCAGUCCAACGAGAAGUGGCAGGACAUCAUCAAGGAAGUGAAGUUCCUCCAGAGGAUCCGACACCCCAACAGCAUCGAGUACAAAGGAUGUUACCUGCGCGAGCACACGGCCUGGCUGGUGAUGGAGUAUUGCCUGGGCUCGGCCUCGGACCUCCUGGAAGUUCACAAGAAGCCUCUGCAAGAAGUGGAGAUCGCCGCCAUUACCCACGGUGCGCUGCAGGGGCUGGCCUACCUGCAUUCGCAUAACAUGAUCCACAGGGACGUGAAGGCGGGAAACAUCCUGCUGACGGAGCCGGGGCAGGUCAAGCUGGCCGACUUUGGCUCCGCCUCCAUCGCCUCGCCCGCCAACUCCUUCGUGGGGACGCCAUACUGGAUGGCACCCGAGGUGAUCCUGGCCAUGGACGAGGGCCAGUACGACGGGAAGGUGGACGUCUGGUCUUUGGGGAUUACGUGCAUAGAACUAGCCGAGAGGAAGCCCCCCUUGUUCAACAUGAACGCCAUGAGUGCCUUGUACCACAUUGCGCAGAACGAGAGUCCCACGCUGCAGUCCAGCGAAUGGACGGAUUACUUCCGCAACUUCAUCGACUCUUGCCUGCAGAAAAUCCCGCAGGACCGCCCGCACUCGGACGACAUGCUCGGCCACGUGUUCCUGCAGCGCGAGCGUCCCGACUCGGUCCUGAUGGACCUCAUCAUGAGGACCAAGGACGCUGUGCGCGAGCUUGACAACCUGCAGUACCGCAAGAUGAAGAAGAUCCUCCUGCAGGAGGCCCACAACGGACCGGCGCAGGAAGCCCCCGACCCGGACGAGGAACUGGAGGCGGGUGGCGGGCGCACGGGCACGGUGAACAGCGUGGGCAGCAACCAGUCCAUCCCCAGCACGUCCAUCAGCGCCAGCUCGCAGAGCAGCUCCGUCAACAGCCUCAACGACGCGGCGGCGAUGACGGCGACGCACGACAGCCGCAGCGAGCUCGAGCUCAUGGACGGAGACCACACGGUCAUGUCCAACAGCUCCGUCAUCCACCUCAAGCCCGACGAAGACGGCGAGACGUUCUCGGGGGAGCAGGCGUCCGGCGCUCAGCCUUCGGAACCGGCGGCGGCUCCCAGGAAGCAUCAGCGCAACAGAGAGCACUUUGCCACCAUCCGCACCGCCUCCCUGGUGACGCGCGAGAUGCAGGAGCACGAGCAGGACUCGGAGCUGCGCGAGCAGAUGUCGGGUUACAAGCGGAUGCGGCGGCAGCACCAGAAGCACCUGAUGGCGCUGGAGAACAAGCUGAAGGGCGAGAUGGACGAGCACCGGCUGCGCCUGGACAAGGAGCUGGACGGCCAGAGGAGCGGCUUCGCCCAGGAGAUGGACAAGCUGCUCAAGAAGCACCACGCCGCCCUCGACAAGGACCUGAAGACGUUCAGCAACGACGAGAAGAAGUUCCAUCAGCACAUCCAGGUGCAGCAGAAGAAGGAGCUCAGCAGCUUUCUGGAGUCGCAGAAGCGCGAGUACAAGUUGCGCAAGGAGCAGCUCAAAGAGGAGUUGAGCGAGAACCAGUCGACUCCAAAGAAGGAGAAGCAGGAGUGGUUGUCCAAGCAGAAGGAGAACAUCCAGCACUUCCAGGCGGAGGAGGAGGCCAACCUGCUGAGGCGGCAGAGACAGUACCUGGAACUGGAAUGUCGCCGCUUCAAGCGCAGGAUCCUCAUCGCCAGGCACAACGUGGAGCAGGACCUCGCCCGAGAGGAGCUGAACAAGCGUCAGACGCAGAAGGACCUGGAGCACGCCAUGCUCCUCAGGCAUCACGAGUCCAUGCAGGAGCUGGAGUUCCGGCACCUGGCCGCCAUCCAGAAGGCCCGCGCCGAGCUCAUCCGCACGCAGCACCAGACGGAGCUGACCAACCAGCUGGAGUAUAACAAGAGGAGAGAACGAGAACUCCGCCGCAAACACUUCAUGGAGGUCCGGCAGCAGCCCAAGAGCCUCAAGUCUAAGGAGCUCCAGAUCAAGAAGCAGUUCCAGGAGACGUGCAAGACUCAGACGCGUCAGUACAAAGCGCUGCGCAACCACCUCCUGGAGAGCACGCCCAAGUGCGAGCACAAGGCGCUGCUCAAGAGGCUGAAAGAGGAGCAGACCCGCAAGUUGGCCAUCCUGGCCGAGCAGUACGACCACUCUAUCAACGACAUGCUGUCCACGCAGGCCCUGCGUCUGGACGAGGCUCAAGAGGGCGAGUGUCAGGUCCUGCGCAUGCAGCUGCAGCAGGAACUGGAACUACUCAACGCCUACCAAAGCAAAAUCAAAAUGCAGACGGACGCUCAGCACGACAAAGAGCGGCGAGACCUGGAGCAGCGAGUCAGCCUCAGGAGGGCGCUGCUGGAGCAGAAGAUCGAGGAGGAGAUGCUGUCCCUUCAGAACGAGCGUUUGGAGCGCAUCCGUUCCCUCCUGGAGCGGCAGGCCCGCGAGAUCGAAGCCUUCGACUCGGAGUCCAUGCGGUUGGGCUUCAGCAACAUGGUCCUGGCCAAUGUGGGCCCCGACUCGCAGGGGGGCUGGGGCGGCGGGGGGAGCAACUGGCCCGCCGGAGGGGGCGGAGCGGCCGGGGGGCACCGCGGUCACCAACAGCAGGGCGGACCCCGGCAGCACUGGGGCCAGGCCGCCGCGGCCGGGGCGCCGCCCCCCUGGAGCCUCCAUCACCCGGUGGACGGCGGCCAGAGGGGCGGCGCGGGGGCCGGGGUGGCGAGGAGCAGUCCGCAGGCCCUGAGGAGGACGUCAUCCGGGGGGAGGAGCGAACAGAGCAUGAGUAGAAGCGCUAGCAUCGCCUCCAACGCCUCACACCUCUCCUACACCUGACGCGUCCGAUGCGGCUCGCAGGAAGUGGCAGAAACUCAAAAGCCGGAUCUGAGAUUCAAAGUCUGCUAGGUAGGCCGAAUUUCCAGGUAGCGGGUACUGAAGGCAAAAAAAAAAAAAAAAAAGAAAAAGAAAUCUGACAUUGACUUAGUCCUCCUCACCAGUAGUUGGUGCUAGUCCCGCGCUUCUGGGGAAAAAAGGCCUUUGUUCACUGAAAUUUGAUGUAUCAAAAGUACUCGUGGCAGUGAAUAUUCAAGAGACUCCAAACUAGUAUCAUUCUGGAAAAAAAGUGCUAAUCGAACAUCCCGACUGCUAGCUUCGUUAAAUAAAGACAAAAGCACUCUGCUAGCAACCGCAUGGUAACAUCGUGUUCCUUUCGCAUUAGCGUCACGUCUGCCACGUUAGCACCACGCUCAAGCCAUUUCAUUGUCAUUUUUGUGUCAUGACUGCCGUGUUAGCAUCAUCCUAGUCCAACAUCAGUGCCAUAUUAAUCGCGUUAGCGUCGUACUUGCGUUUUUCUGCCAUGUCAGCGCCACGCUAAUGUCUCGCAAGUGUUAUACCGUCAUGUAUGCCAAGGUAGCGUCGAGAGCACACUGAUCCUGCUAUCAUCGUCGUAACGUCCUCGCUGCCAUCUUAGUGUUAACACCGCUAUUACCGAUACGCUAGUUUCUGUUCAGCAUUAUAUUAGCGUCAAGUCUGCCAAACUAGUGUCAGAAUUUCGCUAGUGUCCUGUUAGCUUCCCGUCUGUCUGCGUCAGGACAAAAAAAAAAAAAAAAAGGCGCAUCGUUCCGAUGUUAGCUGUUGACUUUCCACCAAGUCCUGCGUUAGCCUUAUUCACCGCAACACUCUAAGAACACGUUAUUAAUAAUUUGACAAUAAUUCCCAAGUCUGACAUAUUUUGGUCACUUAAUGCCAAAAGUUGACCGGCCUCUCUAACAACUGAGAAACUGAAAUGCGUUUUACGACAAAAAUCUUCACGUACUCGUCCACAGAAACGGUGGAAACGACGAGUCGUUUACCCAACAGAGACGACAUUACGCAACAAGAAUACUUGUCAGACUCGAACAUUUGGACUUUUCUGGCUUCAUCAAUGCGCGCGCAGAGGAGGCCACGCUGCGAUUGGCUGCUGCGCUCCUCAUAGCUUCCUUACCGCGCGACUUUGCUAGCUUCUGAUUUUCCCACGUCCUACUUUGUUAGCCUCCCGCCGUCCCAGUCGGACCUCCUCUGGGGUGACGCCCUGCUCCGCCUGUCACCUACCCCACCACCGUCGCUCCCAUUUAGCGGCUUCCUCCUGUCAAUCAAAGUGUAUAUAAUGUACAUGAAGAUAACGAUCGAGUGGCGUCACAGGUGCAAAUGUACAGUCGAACAUGUUCAUAUUGUAAAUUGUGUCAAAAGGUUUAACGGGGAAAUUUACGGACAAAACCACGGCGGGGGUCGCACGGGCCGAAGCGCCUGCGGUGUUCUUCGCCGUCGUUGGCGGAAAAUAGGCCGGGAGGUCACGUUGCACAAAAGACAAGUUGGGAAAAUUGGAAGAAUGUUGCCAUUCGCUUUGUUUUUUUGUUGGAGGACGACGACUGGAUAAAGAAUUCUGUAAUAAACAGUAUUUUUUUUGUA